AUGGAUGACUCGCGUGUGAGUGCCUACAAAGGCGGUUACAGUGCCAACGUCAGAAGGACCGUGGACAGCAUUGAACUCCCAGAGUGGCUCACUUGCUGUCUGUGCGGAAUCCGCCAAUCAAAGACAUGGUAUUCGAAAGCUUCGCUUGCGGCUCUUCGACAGAGAAUCUAUCGAGAGGGAAACCAAAUCUUAAUUGCGAAUCAUGCGGGUCUCAUCCGGUGCUGUGAUUGUUCGGGCAAUCCGGCACAGUCAGAGCGCAAAUGCAAGAUCUGUGCCGAGCUCAAGAGUCUCGAUGCCUUUGCGCGAAACCAGCGCCAGUAUGCGGAGCCGAACGUGAACACCGGCGUGGUCUCCAGCGGUGGGACGAGAAUCUGGGUCCAGAUCAAGCGAUCAAGGGAUCUCCCCCCUGCGCCCCGACGCCGACUCGCUCUUCCUGUUGGUGAAAACGACAACGGCAGUGGCUUUAUCGCUGAGCCAUCGCCACUUCCUCAAGGUCGACUCAUGCAUCAGAAUGCCCUCGGCACAGAGAGUGGUUCCACACAGCCUCCGACAGGUGAACGUGCAUAUGAGACUGCUUCCAGUCGGGCUACAGCACCUCGCCUUCCACGGGUAGAGGGCGACGACGAGAUCCGAUCUACCGCUAGUUCUACUUUGGUCUCGAAUGAUGGAUUUCUGCUUGCCCCAGAAUAUGGCUCUGACGAUGAUACAAUCGCCCCACGAGCCGAGCGGAGUCGAACCGGGUGGUCGAAAAUCCGACCGAACCGUCAUCGCCGAGGCCACCCUGAGUAA